CAUGGAGAGCGGAGUCGGCACAGCCCCCACCCCCAGAGGGCUGCCUUACUACGUAGCCUUCUCCCAGCUGCUGGGUCUGACCGUGGUGGCCAUGACGGGUGCCUGGCUUGGCCUGUACCGAGGUGGCAUCGCCUGGGAGAGCACCCUGCAGUUCAACGUGCACCCCCUCUGCAUGGUCAUCGGUCUGGUCUUCCUGCAGGGUGAUGCUCUGCUGGUUUACCGUGUCUUCAGGAACGAGGCCAAACGCACAACCAAAGUCCUGCACGGGCUGCUGCAUGUCUUUGCGUUCAUCAUUGCCCUGGUGGGCUUGGUGGCCGUGUUCGACUACCACAAGAAGGAGGGCUAUGCUGACCUGUAUAGCCUUCACAGCUGGUGUGGGAUCCUCGUCUUUAUCCUUUACUUUGUGCAGUGGCUCGUGGGCUUCAGCUUCUUCCUGUUCCCUGGAGCUUCGUUUUCUCUGCGAAGCUGCUACCGCCCACAGCACAUCUUCUUUGGUGCCACCAUCUUCCUCCUUUCUGUGGGCACAGCCCUGCUUGGCCUGAAGGAGGCGCUGCUGUUUAAACUUGGGACCAAGUACAGCACAUUCGCACCUGAGGGUGUCUUGGCCAACAUUCUGGGCUUGCUGUUGGCCUGCUUUGGUGUGGUGGUGCUCUACAUCUUGACUCGCGCUGACUGGAAGCGGCCACCCCAGGCUGAAGAACAGGCUCUCUCAAUGGACUUCAAGACGCUGACGGAGGGAGACAGUCCUAGCUCCCAGUGAUGGUGUGCAGCCAGCCUCCUCCCCACCUCUGUAGGGGUGAUGUUUCUUUCUUCCUGCCCCCUGCUGAGGCUGUUCUCAGGAUUAGUGGCUCCCGGGUGAGGGGCUCCUGCAGAGUGGCUGGGGAAUGGGGUGCAGCUGUGUCUAUUUUGGAGCUAAUUUCUGGGACUAAGGGCUUAGCCUCCCUCUGCUUUCUCUUCUCACUGCUGCUUUAGACCAAUUCUAGUAGUCACGCAAAGGCCCUGUGCACCUGUUGUCCCCUCAAAUGGAGAAGGCUUUUGGGUAGGUUUUGGGUAGUAAGUCCUGUUGACGAAGAACAGAUCCCUAAAGGAGACAGAAAGUGACUCCACCUCAAGGCAGUGAGGCUGGUGGGCAUCAGUGGGCAGAAAGCAAGGCUGUGGGACAACCUGAGGGCCUCAGGGACAGGUCUGUAAAGGCCAAGCCUGCUGUGCUAUGUAACCCUGGAUUCACACCAGAAGCCCUGCCAGCCUGAAUAACACAUGGUAUACAUGGACCUGCUCCUUUGGCAGUGGGAGUGAGUGAUAUAUGUGUAAAAUAUGUUGAUGUUCAGAGCAACGUUCCCCAGGAGAGGGGAGAGACUGGCUCCUGGGAAGCUCCAGAGUCAGUUUGGGCCAGCAGCAGGCCUGAGCCUUCCCUUUUCUUUAACCCUUUCGCCCUAGGAUGGCUUUGCUGGGAGAGGAGAUAGAAGUGCAGGACUUCAGAUGACUUCCCUUUGGCAGAUGAGGCUAGCUACAGAGGAGGAAGGGUUUGAUUCAGGACGAUGUUCCCCUCCAUGGGCUGGUCUGGGCAGCGGCCCCCUCCCCACCACCCAGUUUUGUGCUUUGACUCAAGCUUUUUGCUUGUGCAGGCACUACUCUG